AGUAAAGUGCGAAAGAAGAAGUUUGAGCCACGUGAUAUCAGAGUUCUUCUGAGAAGACAUCAAAGAUUAGUAAUGAGCCCGAGUGCUGGGAACUGUGCAUUUACUGGAUCACCUGUCAGCGAGGAAAGGUGAGAGAAGCGGGGACAUGGAUGCUUUCGAUUAUGCCUCGUUACCCCGCCAGCCUGUCGACACUUCGAAUAGUGCAGCAGCUGGUAGUUUAUGGCAGGAUUCCCUGGCCAUUGCGUUCAGCAGCACCUCAAAAAAUCCCUUGUCCCCCAAGAGCCGAGGGAGAGCAUUAACGGUGGUAUACAUUUUAACGGAAGACGGCGUGACGCCCGAGAAACAGGAGGAUAUCGCUUCCCUGAAAUGUCUGAAGGAGGCUUGUGCGGCUGUGCACGCCGAAUGGAAAGCCAUACCCUUCGAGAGUCUGGCCCUGGGGACAACGGAGGUGCUGGAUUGUUUUUACAAUGCAGAUGUUGCUGUGGUGGAAAUGAGUGAUUCCUUUUGUCAGCCAUCCAUUUUUUAUCACCUGGGUGUAAGGGAGAGCUUCCAAAUGACAAACAAUAUUCUUUUGUAUUGUUAUGAAAAGGAUUCUGUCAAGGAGGAUGUCCUGCAGAAAAUUAUGGAGCAGUGUGGUACCUAUACAUUCAUUCCUUACAUAAUAUCUCAUCAAGGAAAGGUCCUUGCCUGUGAAGCAGGGAUGGUGAAAUGUUUACCAGAUCUUUGCCAGCCUGGCUUUAAUCUGGAUCCUCUGUUCACAUCGCUUUCUGAACGCCUCAUUAAACAUCUGGGUGAUGUCCAUAUUCAUUCCUGUGAAUAUUUCCGGGAAAUGAUCCGAAAUGAUAUCCGCAGUGCCAGGGAAAGGUACAGUGGAGUGGAACUAAGUCGAGAGCUGGCAAAAAUACAGCAGCGACUGGAUACGGUGGAGCUUCUAAGUCCUGACAUAGUUAUGAACUUAUUGUUGUCCUACAGAGAUGUGCAGGAUUAUGAUGCCAUUAUAAAUUUGGUUGAGAUGCUACAAGAUCUUCCAACUUGUGAUGUGGCUGAACAGCACAAUGUUAAGUUUCAGUAUGCCUUUGCAUUAAAUAGGAGGAAUCAAUCUGGAGACAGAAUGAGAGCUUUGAAUGUCAUUCUGUCUGUGGUGGAAAAUGGGGAGCGGAUUGCAUCUGACCUGUAUUGCCUGUGUGGACGAAUUUAUAAAGACAUGUUUAUUAGCUCUGGGUUUACAGACUAUGAAAGCAGGGACAAAGCUUGUCACUGGUAUGCAACUGCUUUUGAAAGUGAGCCUACACUCCAUUCGGGAAUCAACACAGCUGUCCUCCUAAUAGCUGCUGGUCACCAGUUUGAAACUUCAGCAAGACUGCGUAAAAUAGGUGUGAGGUUGAGCAGUCUCCUAGGAAGAAAGGGAAGCCUGGAAAAAAUGGAAUUUUACUGGGAUGUUGGCUUCUACCUUGGGGCUAGCAUACUGUCAAAUGACCACAGUAAAGCAAUACAAGCCUCAGAGAAGCUUUACAGAUUAAAAGUGCCAGUAUGGUACCUGGCCUCCUUAACAGAGACGUAUUAUCUAUAUAAGCAGUUUGCUAAAGUGCCCCAAGACAAUUUCUCCAAACAGGAUCUUUUUGAAUUUUGGAUGAAUCUCUUGUUUGAAACAUGCAAGCCUACGCUUACUGAAAAGCCAUGGCCGAUUCUCAUCUUGGAACCAACUAAAAUUUUUCAGCCCUCCUACCUCAGUGUUUCAAAUGAAGAUAAAGAGAUUGGAACUGUGAAACUCUGGCACAUCUCCUCUCAAGACAAGCAGAAAGGCACACACAGCUGGACUUUCCCUCCAUCCUCAAUUCGGGGUGUGAGCAUUUCAAAGUACGAUGAACGUUGCUGUUUCCUCUAUGUGUUGCAAAACUCUGAUGACUUCCAGCUUUAUUUUCCUAGUGAGCAGCACUGCAAAAGGUUCUGCAGCAAUGUAAAUUCCUUUGUUAAAGACAAUGUUUUGUGUUUGGAUGAUUCAGGGGAUUGUUCUGAAGGCAUUUUAGAGUAUGACUAUGAGUACACAGACAGUGGUGAUAAAGUGGUUUUGGGUAAAGGAACAUAUGGAGUAGUAUAUGCUGGUCGAGAUCUGAGUAAACAAGUCCGCAUUGCGAUCAAAGAGAUUCCUGAAAAAGACAGCCGAUACUCCCAGAUUCUUCAUGAAGAGAUUGUCUUGCACAAGCGUUUGAAGCACAGGAAUAUUGUACAAUAUUUGGGCUCCAUUAGCCAAGAUGGUUUUAUAAAAAUAUUUAUGGAAGAGGUUCCUGGAGGAAGUUUGUCAUCUCUGCUGAGAGCCAAAUGGGGACCACUUAAGGAUAAUGAAGCCACUAUUAUUUAUUAUACAAAACAGAUUCUGGAAGGCUUGAAGUACUUGCAUGACAAUCAGAUUGUACACAGAGACAUUAAGGGUGACAAUGUGCUUAUUAAUACUUACAGUGGACUUCUGAAAAUUUCAGAUUUUGGAACAUCUAAAAGACUGGCUGGAAUCAACCCUUGCACGGAGACCUUUACAGGAACUCUCCAGUACAUGGCUCCAGAAAUAAUUGACAAGGGCCCUCGAGGUUAUGGGAAGCCUGCAGAUAUUUGGUCUCUGGGAUGCACUAUAAUUGAAAUGGCAACGGGGAAGCCACCCUUCUUUGAGCUUGGGAGCCCACAAGCAGCAAUGUUUAAGGUGGGAAUGUUUAAGAUCCACCCGCCAGUGCCAGAAUGCAUGUCUGAAGAAGCGAAGGCUUUCAUCUUAAAGUGCUUUGAGCCAGACCCUGACCGUAGAACUACUGCUACAGACUUGCUGCAGGAUUCAUUCCUGAAGACAGUGAGUCGGAAGAAAAAUAAAGGAGUUACACAGACUACAUUGAAUGAAAAAAUAGCUGGUGACUAUCAAAGAAGCUUAUCAGUUCCAACAAGAACCAUGGUGCAAAAUGCCCAUCUUGUCAAUGAAACAUCAUCAUUUGACAAUAAAAAAGUUGCUUUAAAUUGGUCAAGAUGUGAGACCAAUCCUUCUAUCAAUGAAAAUAAUCUCUCACCCAGUUUUCUCAGUGUUCCAGAUGAGCCCCUCUAUGAUACUAGCAGUCCUGCUGCUCCAGAAGAAAACUUGGGGAUGUUCAUCCUCCGGAAGGACAGCGAGCGCAGAGCAACAUUGCACAAGAUUCUCUCCGAGGACAGUCGGACUGUAAUUCAACAUAUGCUUGAAUCUCAGGUUCAGGGAGGAGAGGAGCCUGGCUUCACUGCAGAACACAUCAGUCAGCUUCUGUCUGGCCUGAAGGAGUAUAUCCGCAACUCAGAUCAAAAAGCCCUAACUGGUACCCUUCAAAAGCUUAAUCAAAAGCUGUUUAUGGAUGGUAUUCCCGUCAGUUCCCUGCAGGUGGUGCUGUUUAGUUUCCAAGAUGCAGUAAAGAAGGUUUUGAAACAGCAGAAUAUUAAGCCACAUUGGAUGUUUGCACUGGAUAAUCUUCUCAGAAAAGCUGUACAAGUUGCAAUUGCUGUUCUCCUCCCAGAACUCAAGCUGCAUCUCCAGUCGUCUUUUGAGACUGAUGAUCAAGAAACAGUGGAUCAAAAUGAGGAUGUCAAAGAAAAAGCCAUAGUUUCUCCUUCUCCGAUAGAAGACGGUCAGGACAGUACACUCCGAUAUGAGUUAAACGGAGACACUGUCGGUACCUGUACAUUGCAGAGUGCCUCAGUAAAUGUCAACCCACUGGUACUUCAGUUAAAUGGCCUUAGAGCAGAAACAGUCAAAUUACUGGCUCAGCUUACUGAGAAAGAAAGGGAAUACCAAGAUCUGCUGAGGAAAAUGGUGAAGAGAAAGGAUGAAGAGAUUGAUCAUCUUCAGAGGCAGAAAUCCUCCGCUCCUAUAGACAUUCCCUUCAGGUCCAACCAUUUCAAGGAAUCAGAAGAUUUAGAAAGCUCAGCAUUAAGAAAGUGGCUUCUUUCUGUGGGUGCAGAUGAAGACAGUACAUCCAGACUGCUUGCUCAUGAAUUUACUCUGCAGAGUUUGCUUUUUGUUGCCACAAAGGAUGAUCUGAAAUACUGUGGAAUAAGGGGUGGAAUGCUGUGUCGACUGUGGGCAACAAUAGAGUCUUACAGAAAAUUGCACACCAAAGAGCUGAGUGGAGCACCACAGGCCACUUGACAGCUUCAUUGUGUAAAGAUCUUUUGGACAACAUAAAAUUGAAGACGCCAUUUAGAGAGACAAGACUGUGCAAGUGGAAUCAUGUUCUGAUGAGCCCACGGAAAGCUAGAAACAAACAUCAAAAUACUCCACUGAAACGCAUAAAGAUAGAGACUUUUCAAUAUAUUUUAAUGAAAUAAUAAAAGUGACCCCAAAAUCAAGAUUUAUUGACUUCAUUUGACAUCCACAUUUUGUUUUAUCAGCUGAAUGGAUUCACUGCAGCUCUGCAAGUCCUUCAUUUUACAGACAUUGACCUCUAUUGAAAGGCCCUGUGUUCAGCAAAACAUGUCUGGCCCUCCUGACUGGCAGAAAAUUGUGUGCUUUCAUCAGUAAGUAAGAUUUUACACGUAGUUGGUGUACAUAUCAUGCGUGUUGGACCUACUGGUUCAGGCAACAGAAUUAAAGUAAUAACUAAUAUUUAAUUUAUAUGGGAAGAAAAUAUAUUUUACCUAUUAAAUGCUGUGUUAUUUAAAGUUAACCCCAAGUGCCAUGUAUAUUCUGCUGUCCAACUAUAUGUAUAUUGCUGGACUCAUUUCUGAAGGCAUAGAUAUAUAUAUGCAUCUUGUUCAAAAGCAUAUUUUUUUAAAUUGAAAUGAAGUCUACACACUUUCAUUAAUUUGUCUGUUUAUUUAUUAAAAGUUUG